CUCUUGAUAUGCAACUGUUUCUGAUUUCACCAGCAAUCGUUUACUUAAUCUACAAAUUUAGAGUGAAAAUAAUGCCAAUUUCGAUACUUCUAAUCUUGGGCUGUGUUGGUUGUAUGGUGGCUACUCAUCUUAAAUACGAAAUUAGGCGCAAAAUAAUGAUGGAAAAAGCCAUUGAUUCAAAAGCAUACGUUCCCAUGCAUUUACGAUUUUCACCAUGGUUGAUUGGCAUUAUAACCGCAUACAUUCUGUUUGAAACUCGGAAUAGAACGAUACGUAUUCCAAAAAUUUUCAACAUUUCUGCUUGGACGGUAUCUAUCGCGCUGAUGGUGGUUGUUGUUUUUUUUAGGUAUCCAUUGCAACAGACUGAUUCUACAGCAACACCACUUGAAUAUGCUCUGUAUGAUGCAUUGAGUCGUAUUGUAUGGUCAAUUGCUCUAUUUUACAUCGUUUUUGCUUGCGUGAAUAAAUACGGUGGCUGUCUCAAUUGGUUUCUAUCCCACCCAUUGUGGCUACCACUUUCACGACUUAGCUUUUCCAUCUAUUUGUUGCAUUAUUAUGUUACUGUAGUUAUCAUGGGCGGAACGAAAACUGCGCCCGUUUUCACCGAAUGGAAUCUGAUCUGCACGUUCAUCAAGGUUGCUGUGAUUACGAUUCUCGUAUCUAUCGUUGCAUCGCUUGUAUUCGAAUCACCGAUUGUGAUUUUCGAGAAAUAUCUAUUCGGCUCAACAAAAUCAUCUCGGCAAAAUAACGAUACCGGUAUUGAGAAAAACAGAGCAUAAGACGAAAAGAGAGUGAUUUAUUGUCAUCGAAUUGAUUUUUGAAUUUUUCCUUAAUUCAAUAAU